AGAUUAGAAAUAAAAUGUUUUCUGCAAAGGCAGCUUCUGUACGCAAGUUUCGAGUUUUGGAAACAGGCGACAACCUGCUGUUUCUGCAACAGAAAUAUACCGAGACAUAGUACUUACAUUGGUAAUAGCGGAUAUCUUAAAAAUCCGUGUUGUUGAGGGACUAUUUGGUUUUAUACAUUAAAUACGGUGUGAUGUGGGAGGGAUUCUAAAACUUUUCAAAAAUUGCGGAUAAGGAAAAUAUAUACAGUCAUUUUUGUAAACGGGAACAAUUAACAUAUAGAAAUUUACGUUUAAUAGCUCAUAUUCACUUCAUAUUCGGAGAUGUUCUUUUUGUUUAUACUUUUGAAUUAUUAAUACCAUUAAAAUGGUUGAAACAAUCCAUUUUAGAAAAUGGCUGUCUGAAGUACAGUGCAAAAGAUUUGACUAUAUCAGAAUCCUUAAAAUUCAUACAGCUGAGUACAGCUGAGAUUUCGAUUUUGUUUUUAAUAAACGACCAAAAUAUUUUAGGAUUUUUUUAAUGUCAUACUCAGUUUUCAGUUUUUAUAGGAGGGGCAGGAUGAAAAAACAUUCUCUGAUAUUCUUCUUAGAUAAAAUUGGCAGAUAUUGCCAAGAAUUCCAUUUCAUGUCAUUUGUUUUCUUUGUUGUACUUCCUCUAAAAACAUGUGCUCUUCUUCUUCUCUACUGUCUCUCCUUUUGACUUUUGUGUACUUCGUUUUUUCUUCGUCGAUUUUCUCAUUGAUUUUUGUUUUUUUUUUUUUAAUUAUGAAAGCUUAGCAAAUUGGCAAUAAAAAACAACAAUGUUUCUGGAACUUCGGUAAGCAAGUUCGAGGAACAAGCAACAUAAACAUAACGUUAGUGUGUCGCACUCGGUGUGGACGUAUCUAAAGCGAAAAAUAAAUCAGACUCUACACCGCGCAGCGUUCGAAUUACAAAUCCAUUGUCGCCAAUCGAAAAACAAUUCGAUUAAACCCAAACGCGUUUAACUAUUGUCGUUAACGAGAAAAAUGCGCCCGACUGACAACGACAAAUUGUUUCCGAACGGUCACUGAGUGGCAUGUUUUCGUUCCUAGAAAUUCCCGAAUUCUCUGGCAAACGUCUAACCCAAAAAUAAUACCGCGUGCGGGUGACUUUAACCGUUCCGUUCGUCCAGGUACCGUCGCAUUAAAUUGUUUAUAACAUCGGCCCGUUUCGUAUAAACGGUUUAUAUGAGUUUGCAGCAAUUACAUCAUCGCCGGGAACGUUUGCGGUAAUUCCGUUUCCUAGUGUGUUUGUGCGCGCGUGAAAGCGAUGACGGAACAAUGAGCUGCUACAGCUUCGUCUCGAAAUUGAUCCACCGUCGCAAGAUUCGCGCGGACAUGACGCCCGACGAUGCCGAACUCGUCGCCGGUUACAAGCGUUUGCUCGAGGAGAAGCUGAUUGAGUUGAAACUUAAAGAGGAGACGAUAAGUCAGCUGGAGAAGAAGCUGGAGGACCGCGAGGCGACGAUCAAACACCUGCGUAACGAGAUCGACAAGUUCAGGCAAGUGGUGACGCCGAUCACUCAGAAGAUCAUCACCAAGCGGUUGAAUUUCGACGACGGCAGAGGUAAGGAAGCGCUAGAGGACGAUGACGCGGAAGUGCAGGUCGCGGAACGCAGGACCAAACGACAAGCCAUCAGUGCCGAACCUCCUAGUCAAGUUUUAGAUCUGCACAUUAAGAAAAUACCAAAAUCGUCGCGCUCGCGGGAGCUGAUAAAGGCGGCUAUUCUCGACAACGAUUUUAUGAAAAAUUUGGAAUUGACGCAGAUCAGGGAGAUCGUCGACUGCAUGUACCCCGAGGAAUACAAGGCGGGCAGUUUAAUUAUCAGGGAAGGAGACGUCGGCAGCACAGUCUACGUACUUGAGGAGGGAUGCGUCGAGGUAUCCCGCGAAAACAAGUUCCUCAGCACCCAGACCCCUGGCAAAGUCUUGGGCGAGCUGGCCAUACUGUACAAUUGCCAGAGGACUGCCACGAUCAAGGCCGCCACCGACUGCAAACUUUGGGCGAUCGAACGGCAAUGCUUCCAAACGAUCAUGAUGAGGACCGGCUUGAUCAGACAAGCCGAAUACACCGAUUUCCUCAAGAGUGUGCCCAUAUUCAAAACGUUACCAGAAGAAACUCUGAUAAAGAUCUCGGACGUCUUGGAAGAAUGCUUCUACGCGAACGGCGACUAUAUCAUCCGACAGGGAGCGAGAGGUGACACCUUCUUCAUAAUCAGCAAAGGUCGAGUGAAGGUGACGAUGAAACGACCCGAUACCGCCGACGAUAGAUACAUCCGCACCCUAGGCAAGGGCGAUUUCUUCGGAGAGAAAGCCCUACGAGGGGACGAUUUGAGGACGGCCAACAUAAUAGUCGAUGAUCCCGAAGGGGUCACCUGUUUGGUGAUCGACAGGGACACGUUCACGCAGCUGAUUUCGGAUUUGGACGAGAUCAAGACGAAAUACGUGGACGACAUGGACUACCGAAGACGGUUGAACGAGGAAUUCUCCAACGUGAAACUGGACGAUCUCAAAGUGCUGACCACCCUCGGAGUGGGCGGGUUCGGCAGAGUCGAACUGGUCCAGAUCAACGGACGUCCGUCCAAAUCGUUCGCGCUGAAGCAGAUGGUCAAGGCGACGAUAGUGGAGACCCGUCAACAGCAGCACAUCAUGUCCGAGAAAGAGAUCAUGGGAGAGGCGAACUGCGAUUUCAUCGUCAAGCUCUACAAGACGUUCAAGGACGCCAAGUACCUCUACAUGUUGAUGGAGAGCUGUCUAGGGGGCGAACUGUGGACCGUUUUGAGGGAUAAGGGGCACUUCGAUGACGCGACCACACGUUUCUACACCGCGUGCGUCGUCGAGGCGUUCCAAUACCUUCACUCGAGGAAUAUCAUCUACAGGGAUCUAAAACCAGAAAACCUGCUUCUCGACCAUAGAGGAUACGUGAAGCUCGUCGAUUUUGGUUUCGCCAAAAAGUUACAGGCCGGUAGAAAGACGUGGACGUUCUGUGGCACCCCAGAGUACGUGGCGCCAGAGGUGAUUCUCAACAAAGGACACGACAUCAGCGCCGAUUACUGGUCUCUCGGGAUCCUCAUGUUCGAACUCAUGACGGGAACGCCUCCCUUCAGCGGAAGCGACGCCAUGAGGACCUACAACAUCACCCUGAAGGGAAUAGACGCAAUAGACUUUCCGAGGAACAUUACACGAAAUGCGACGGCCUUAAUUAAACGCUUAUGCAGAGACAACCCCGCCGAGAGGCUGGGAUACCAGCGGGGAGGCAUCAGCGACAUCCAGAAGCACAAAUGGUUCGACGGUUUCAACUGGGAAGGCCUGGUGGCCCAAACCCUAACGCCACCUAUCCAACCAGAAGUACGUAGCGUUACCGACACGUCGAACUUUGACAAGUAUCCGCCCGAUAACAGCGCCACACCGCCGGACGACAUAACGGGCUGGGACAAGAACUUUUAAAAUAAUGGUGGAUUUUGGCCGCUGCGAAUCGAAAGUGCCUUACCGGGAAUUAACGACGCAAAAUUUCCCUGUUUCGUUGCAAACUUUGUUGCCGAGUGUGAUAUGUCAUUUAGAGGGUUAGGUUUUUCUGACGGAUCGGAUAGGGAAACAUGACAAUUUCGAACUGAAAAAGAAAUUUUAAUUCGUGCCUACAUAGAUUUUAUAUACUUUUAUAUAUUAUGAAUGCAAGGAAGUGCCAUGUGAUUUAUCCUCUUUCCUAUUGGUUUGGAGGUUGCCCUUCUCUCUAAUAACCAGGAGGUACUUUUUUUAACCCUAACAAAUUUUUUAAAUGAAGACAUUUAAAAAGGGCUUGUUUUAGCGUGCAUGUACAUAUAUAUAAGCAUGAAGUUACCCCGAUAUUUUUUAAUUAAUUUUGCGGAUUAGGAGCGACUUGGGAAAUUCUAGAUAGCAUUUCCAUAGAUAUUGUGAAUAUUGUAAUUUAACGUUGUAUAAUAAAAUAUUGGUCAA